AUGUCAAGCUCGAUCAAGGGUAUGGCAGGUUGUUACAAUUUGAAUUCACGUCAACAAAUGCGUGCUGUUGAACUUUCAUUGCCAUUUAUUCAACAAGCUAUUGAUGUUCUCGAUCUUUCUUCUCUAUCAUCGACACAACUACUCAUUAUUGCUGAUUUUGGCUCAUCACAUGGUUUGAAUUCAAUGUAUGCCAUGAAAGCAAUAAUUGAAUAUUUAAAAAAAUCUAAAAAUGAACAACGAUCAUUUCUCAUCGUUCAUAACGAUUUACCAACAAAUGAUUGGACAAUACUUUUUGAUCUACUCAAUAAAGAUGGUAGCUAUUUUGGUUUCGCCAAUGGUCGAUCAUUUUAUGAACAAUGUUUACCAUCGGAUUCACUUUCCAUCGGUUAUUCUUCGACGUCAAUACAUUGGCUCUCAUGUAAACCAUGUAAUAUAUCGAAUCAUUGUGCUUUUUUAUUUAAUACAAAUGAUGAAUUUGAUAAAUUUCAGCAACAAGCUCGCCUGGAUUAUUCACAAUUUUUAGAACAUCGUUCGAAUGAACUUAUUCUUGGUGGUGUUCUCAUUCUUUGUAUACAUUGUAUAAAUGAUAAACGAUUAAAUGGACUUGAAAUUGCCUUUAAUCUUUUAUAUAAAUGUGCAAAAUUAUUGUCGCUUACAGAACAAGAAUUAUUCGAUUAUACUAUCCCAGUGUAUUAUCGUACUUAUUUCGAAUGCAUUGAUGAGGAGCUAUUCAAAAAAUUUUCAUUCAAAUUAAUCAAAUCUGAAUUGUCUGAAGCCAGAAUAAACAUAUUGACUCGAUAUCAACAAGGAGAAGUUUCAGUGGAUGAGUUUGCAAAAGAUCGAACUCAAUUUGUACGUAGUUGGGGUGAACCUUCGUUACGACAAGCUUUGGAAAUGAAUGAUCAUCGUUCAGAAAAAGAUAUUGAAAUAUUAUUAGAUCAAUUUUGGAACAUGUAUGAACAAGAAGUAAAAGAACAUGCAAAUCAAUUUGAUACUUCUUCUCCUCGAAUGUAUUUAAUAUUAAAGAAGAGUUGA